AUGGGAAGAAAGAAUGUUGUUUUCUGCUGUUUGUAUUUCUUCAUUACUGUUUGGAGGGGGGAUGGUUUCCAUGUAGCUGUUGGAACCGAUAGAACGGGCAGUAAUGGGACCCAAGGAAUGGAUAUCAGGCAUGAAGAUAAAAAUACUACGGUGGCUGCUUAUGGCGGAGCGGGAAAUGGUGGUGUGGGAGGUUCUGGUGGAGGAGUUGGGUCUAGUAACGUAGGAGGGAGGGGAUACGGGUCAAGAAAUAGGGGAGGGAAUGGAAAUGUAGGAAGAGGUGGAAUAGGCACUGGCAGCGGUGGAUUUGGUUCUGCUGGUGGUAAUAUGGGCGGUGGUGGUGGUGGUUCUACUGGUGGUAAUACGGGCGGUGGUGGUGGUUCUGCUGGUGGUAAUACGGGCGGUGAUGGUGGUUCUGCCGGUGGUAACACAGGUGGUGGUAGUUCUACUGGUGGUAAUAUGGGUGUCGGUGGUUCUGCUGAUAUGGGCGGCGGUGGUUCUGCUGAUAUGGGCGGAGGUAGUGGUUCUGUUGGUGGUAAUAGGGGCGGCGGUGGUUCUGCUGGUGGUAUGGGAGGUGGUGGUGGGGGUAAUAUGAGGAGAGGUGGUGGUUAUACUAGGGGUAACAGGGGAAGAGGUGGCGGUUAUGCUGGUGGUAAUAUAGGUGGAGGUGGUGGUUAUGCUGGUGGUAAUAUAGGUGGAGGUGGUGGUUAUGCUGGUGGUAAUAUGGGUGGAGGUGGUGGUUAUGCUGGUGGAAAUAUGGGUGGUGGUGGUUAUGCUGGUGGUUCUGCUAGUGGUAAUAUUGGUGGCCGUGGUAAAGGAUCAAGUCCCGGUUGGGGAAUUGGUGUUGGUAGAGGUGGUGCAGGUGGCGGUAGUUUUGGUUCUGGAUAUCGCAAUGGUGGCAAUGCUGGUGGAGGUGGUGGUUCUGUCUCGGGAUCUGGUAACUGGGGUGGAUAUGCAAAUGGAGGAAAUACAUUCGGAGGUAGUACCCAAGGAGGAGUUGUGGGUGGUGGCUAUGGGUCAAACGGAGGUUUUGCUGGUGGUGGAUUCGGUCCUAGGACGGGUUCAGGCACUGGUUAUGGUAGUUUUGGAGGUUCAGGUGGCGGUUUUGGUGGCCGUGAUGGCAGCAACAUUGGUACAGAUGGAGGAAAUGGGUUUGUAGGGGGUCCUCAUGACACAGAAGACAAGAAAUAA